AUGAGCGGCAAGGAUGGAAACGAGGAGUUCUACCGGCAGCUGCAGCUCCAGCAGCAGUACGAGGCCAAGCCAGCCGAGGGUGAGUCUGACCCCUUUACCUAUGUGGACCCGGCAGAUGGGGCUGCCUACGAGUGGGCCUUGGAGAAGAAGGCCUGGUUCCCCAAGAUAACAGAAGAUUUCCUGGCAACCUAUCAUGCCAACUAUGGCUUCCAUGCAGAUGAGACAGAUACUUCAUCUGCUUCUGGUACAGCCACUGAAAGUAAGCAACCAGUAUGUUUUAAGAAAUCAGGAACACAACCAUCAGCCAAUGAAACAGGACGAAAACAAACAGAUCCAAAACAAAAAUUGGAAAAAAGGAAGCUAGAGCCAGGGUGGUUUCACGUUGAAGAAGAUAGGAACACAAAUGUUUAUGUGACAGGUUUACCUCCAGACAUUAGGAAAGAUGAAUUUGUACAAGUCAUGUCAAAAUGUGGUAUCAUCAUGAGAGAUCCUCAGACAGAAGAACACAAGAUCAAACUGUACAAAGAUAAGGACGGAAAACUUAAAGGAGAUGGCCUCUGUUGUUAUCUGAAGAGAGAAUCAGUUCAACUUGCUUUGAGGCUUCUGGAUGAAGCAGAAAUCCGAGGCUAUAAAUUGCAUGUGGAAGUUGCAAAGUUCCAACUGAAGGGGGAGUAUGAUGCAAGCAAAAAGAAGAAGAAGUGUAAAGACUACAAGAAGAAGUUGUCACAGCAGCAGAAACAGCUGGAUUGGAGGCCGGAGAAGAAAGAUGGGACAACUCGAAUGCGGCAUGAACGCAUCGUUAUUAUCAGGAAUAUGUUUCACCCCAAGGACUUUGAGGAGGACCCUCUAGUGCUAAAUGAAAUAAGAGAAGAUCUGCGGACGGAGUGUGAAAAGUAUGGUCAAGUAAAGAAGGUUCUCAUAUUUGAUAGGCACCCUGAUGGUGUCGCUUCUGUGUCAUUUAAAGAAGCAACAGAAGCUGAUUUGUGCAAGCUGACUCUAAAUGGAAGGUGGUUUGGUGGCCGUCAGCUCAGUGCUGAAACAUGGGAUGGUGUAACAGAUUAUCAGGUGGAGGAGACUGCAAGAGAAAGGGAAGAAAGGCUCAAGGUGUGGGAGUCAUUUUUAGGGGACCCUGAUGCAAAGGAGCAGCAGACUACAUCUGAUUAGUGGCCCCUCACCAUAACCUAAGAAGAUGUGGGUUGGAGCCAGGACCCAAGACUGGAACUCAAAAAGCGGAACAUGGGGUAUACCCCCAUUGCCCUCGUGAGGAAGGGACCCCCAGCUCUGCCCCCUGGGGGACAGAGCUGCACUUUCCUCCUCGUCACUCCUGGGAGCGGUGGCAGGGAACC